GCUCGUUUUUUCGCUCAGAACAUCAUCAUCGUAACUGCGGGAGGCCCAGUCGUCCCAAGUUGCACUGGGGAAUAUACAUUUUGAUUUCGUUUUUCCCGGAGUGAAACCGGCCCUGAAAAGUUUCCCCGGUAGUGCAAGAGUGACCCACUGCUGGAGCACCGUAAAAUUCGUCCCGUUCGAACAGGAUAAGCGCGUGAAAAGUUCGAUUAAAAUUUGUUGGACGUUUUUUUUUUCUUUUCCUGUGUGCAUCGCAUACAAAGUUACUUUACUUGAGGUGCACUCCGUAGGUGUCUUCUUCCUAGUGGCUUGCAGGAGGAAGUAUCAAAUUUAGUGUUUUAUUGAUUUGUCGAAUUCGAGAAAAUGAGAAGCCGCAGCAAUUCGGGCGUCCGGCUGGACUAUUACCAGCGGAUCGUCCAUCGUCUGAUCAUGUCCCAUCAGCAGCCGGUCACCGGUUUAUUCCCCGCCAGCCCACAAACACAGCACGCCUGGAUUCGUGACAAUGUCUACUGCAUCUUGGCCGUAUGGGGCUUGUCGAUGGCAUACAAGAAGAUUGCCGAUCAGGACGAGGACCGUGCCAAGGCGUACGAGCUGGAGCAGUGCUGUGUGAAACUGAUGCGGGGUCUCCUGAUGGCCAUGAUGAACCAGAAGGACAAGGUCGAACGGUUCAAGACGACUCAGAAUCCGUUGGAUUCCUUGCAUGCCAAGUAUUCGAGCAAGAACGGCCAGCCCGUGGUGGGCGACGAAGAGUGGGGUCACUUGCAGAUUGAUGCCAUUUCGUUGUAUUUGCUGAUUUUGGCUCAGAUGACUGCUUCUGGGCUGCAGAUCGUGUUUUCGCUAGAUGAGGUGUCUUUUAUUCAGAAUUUAGUAUUCUACAUUGAGUCGGCUUACUGUAUUCCGGAUUAUGGCAUCUGGGAGCGUGGUGAUAAGUCGAACCAUGGUCAGACGGAACUGAAUGCCAGUUCGAUCGGGAUGGCCAAAGCGGCUCUGGAGGCUAUGAAUGAGCUGGAUCUGUUUGGAGCCCGUGGCGGUUCCGGAAGUGUGAUUCAUGUGCUGGCAGAUGAGGCUCACAAGUGUCAAGCGGUGCUGCAGUCGAUGCUGCCAAGGGAAUCGAACAGCAAAGAGUUGGAUGCUGGACUGCUGUCGGUGAUUGGAUUUCCUGCCUUUGCUUGCGAUGAUCCGCAGCUGAUUGAAUCGACUCAGGAUGCGAUUGUGACUCGGCUUCAGGGACGGUUCGGUUGCAAACGCUUCCUUCGCGAUGGUUACAAGACUCCGAAGGAGGAUAAUACCCGGCUGUACUACGAGCGCUGGGAGCUGCGAAUGUUUGAGAAUAUCGAGUGCGAAUGGCCUCUGUUCUUUUGCUAUUUGAUUCUGAACAAGGAGUUCCAGAACGAUAAGGAUUCCGUGUCCGAGUAUUCGAUGAAGUUGGAGGAAAUUCUGGUCAAAACCGAGGAAGGCAUGCGAUUGGUGCCGGAGUUGUACGCAGUGCCGGGAGAGGUGGUUGCGGCCGAGUAUAAAAAUCCGGGUUCACAACAAAGGAUGGUCGUCGGACGGUGCCCCUUCCUCUGGGGUCAAUCGUUGUACAUUUUGGGCAAAUUACUUCAGGAGGGGUUUUUGGCGGUUGGUGAAUUGGAUCCACUGAAUCGUCGACUGGGCGCGCAGAAGAAACCGGACGUGGUAGUCCAGGUGGUCAUCCUGGCCGAGGACAACGAUAUCCGAGAUAAGCUGGCCGAGCAUGGCAUUCACGUGCAAACCAUCGCCGACGUUGCCCCGAUCGAAGUCCAACCGGCUAGAGUUCUCAGCCAUCUGUACACCUAUCUGGGUCGGAAUAAGAAACUCGGCCUAAGCGGUCGUAAAUCCCGGGACGUCGGUAUCCUCAGUACCAGCAAGCUGUACUCGCUCAAGGACCGCAUCUUUGCCUUCACUCCCCAGAUCUUUGACCAUGACGAGUACUAUAUGUCGCGCGAUCCAUCAUUGCUGGUCAGCAAUUUCAUGGACAUACUCGCGUUCCUCAGCAUUAGCUGGCACCAUCUGCUUGGUCGACCGACGAUCACACUGACGGCCACCAACUGGCUCGUAGAAAACAACAAAGUCCCACUGGCUAUGGUCCAGACGAUGAAGAAACUCAAAUCCGGCUACAUCAACGGUACCCGUGUGAUUCUGGGUAAUCUGGGCGAUUUCAUCAACACCUCUGCCAUCACCGAUCUUAGCUUCCUGGGCAGCCAGGAGGAUGGCUAUCCGGAUAAACUCAAUCCCGCCGUGCAAGCCUAUUUGGAUGAACAUUUGCUGCGGUCAUUCAGCCACCGUACGUCCACUACCUCGAUCCGCUCGUCUGGACUGCGACCGAAGAACCUACGCCGCCGGAUGUCCGUCAAAGGUGCCAUCAAAAAGACACGUUCGAUCAAUGUCGACUCGGAAACCUUGGGUAUGGAGGGUAACGUAACCGAGCGCCGUUUGUCCCACUCGGUGACGCCUCAGUGGCUGGAACCGAACCAGUCCGGAACGGUGACGCAGCCCGGAACGGUGCGGGAUCCGUCGCCGAAUCAGCUAAGCCGCUUUAGCGAGCAGCGAGUGUCCAUGGACGAAACCAAGAAGUUGCACAUCCAAACCUCGGCCACGAAUGCUACUCCCAAGAUUCAAGUGCAGCCACUGCCCAGACACCGUCCGGCCACGGAGACGAACUUCGAGAAUACCGAAGUCGAAGAGCUGAUUGCCAUGCUGCGUGAGACGGAGAGCCUCGAGGAGCAAGGUGACAUCCUGCAGCAUCUGGUCGACACUCAGGGACUUGAUUUCAACACCGAGCUGGUCAGCAGCACUAAUGACGAUUCUCAACCACAAGGCAUGCUAGAGGAGGGCCGUGUCGUCACGGUUCGCGGACUGCUGAAGGGACUGUACGAGAAGGCCUGCCAGCAGAAGAUGUGGGGUCUGGUGCGUCACACGGCCGGAAUGCUCGGCAAGAGGGUCGAAGAUCUGGCCAAGGCCGUCACCGAUUUGCUCGUCCGACAGAAGCAGGUUACAGUCGGAAUGCCACCGAACAGUGAGUACACCAUCACUGCACCCCUACCGGAAACGGAACUUCGCACAUUGAUUCACGAAGCGUACGGAGACGACGAAAGUACGGCAAUGUUGACUCAGGAAUUGCUCGUCUAUUUGGCCAUGUUCAUCCGAACGGAGCCCCAGCUGUUCCACGAGAUGCUUCGACUGCGCGUCGGUCUCAUCAUUCAGGUUAUGGCCAAGGAACUGUCACGCACCUUGAACUGCGAUGGAGAGCAAGCUUCCGAACAUCUGCUGAACUUGUCUCCGUUUGAGAUGAAGAACCUUUUGCAUCACAUACUCAGCGGUAAGGAAUUCGCAAUCAACAGCGUAGCUCGGGGCAAUAUCUCGAUCGUGAGUUGCAAAUCGAGUCGUGUCAGCAAGAAGAGUCAGAUUGGACUGGGUAAGGAACCGGAAGAAGCGGAGAGUUCGAUGAUUGACGAUCGUCAAGGUCAGUGGUUGAGACGACGUCGGUUGGAUGGAGCACUGAACAGAGUGCCGCGGGAUUUCUAUCCGCGGGUUUGGACGGUGCUGGAACGUUGCCAGGGAUUGGCCAUUGAGGGUCGAAUUUUGCCGCAGAGUCUCACACAGGAGAUGACACCGAACGAGCUUAAGUUUGCACUGGAAGUCGAAACCGCCCUCAACACUAUCCCGCAGCCCGAGUAUCGUCAGUUGGUGGUAGAAGCCCUGAUGGUCCUGACCUUGGUAACCGAACAUAACAUCAUUGCCUCGCUAGGGGACAUAAUCUACGUGGAACAUCUGGUUCACAAGGCAAACCAACUGUUCCUGGAGGAUCAACGGCAAACCCGCGGCGAUGCAAUGCUUUGUUGCGCGAAGAACAAGGACAUCCGGGAAACGACCACCGCCGGACUGUUGCUCUGCGGAGGAGCGGCGUACAUUUGCCAGCACUUGUACGACAGCGCUCCCAGCGGCAGCUUUGGAACGAUGACGUACAUUGCGAGGGCGGUCGCUUCGGUGCUAGAGGGAUUACCCAAACAGGGCGACAUGGAUUGUACAAUCUCAUAAGGAGCGGAAAUGCUCUUCUCACGUUCUAGGUGUCUCAUACUAUCUCUAUCCUACCGAGAGGAUCUGUAAGUGAAUGUGCUUAAAACUACUUAUAACUCUACUAGAAAGGCAUGAAAGGCGUAGCUAAAAACCCGUUUGUUCUAUAAUGUAGGAAUUAUUGAAUUAUUAGGAACGAAAGUAGCUAGAUUACAAGAAGGAGUCACUACAGACUACAGCGAAUAGCCCACAGGAAGGAUAACCAAUUGCAUGACAAACCAACAACAAAUAAAACAAGAAAAACACAUGAUUCACGAUCUUUUUGGGGCAAACCACCUACUUCAGCAAUCUACUUUACCUACUUACAUUUUUUUAUAUAUAUACAAUUUUAUUUAUUAGUCAAACUGUUAUUGGCUUUCCUUAGUGAUAGGUUUAUAUAUUUUGAAAAAGAAAGAGAAAAACGAGUAUUGUUUUCAUAUCAUUAUUAUACAAGAAAAAAAUUGAGCAAUAAUUGUGCUAUUAGGUUCCAUUUCCGAACGCAAACGAUCCGAGACAAACACCCAUUUUUCGUUUGAACCGUAUUUUCCAUACAAAAAAAAACUUUUUUUGUUUGUAUGGAAAAUACGGUUCGAACGAAAACAAGAGUAUGGGUGGAAAAUGAAAAUAAACGAAACGCGAUUUUGGCGCGGUACACAAAUUACGUAAUGCAAACAAUUCGGAUUUUGGUCUCUGUCUUGCCUUGACUCCCCUCUCUAAAAUUACAAGGGGCGCGUGAAUUUAUUUAACAGCAAAAUUUUCUUUUUCGAUUUUGUAAUUUGUUUUUCACUUUGGACUAUCUGUUACGAAACAUGUGUCAUUACCCCCUCCCCUCUGUGUAACAAUACUCCCUCCCCAUCCCAUCAUGUGCUACGUAAUUUGUGCACGCAGCCUUCGCGAACGAGACAAUUGAAUGAUAUCGAUAGAUUAUUAUAAUUAUUAUUAUUAUUAUUAUUAUUAUUAAGAUUAUAUCAUUCUAUCUAUUACACCUUAUACAAGCAAUUACAUCUUUACUGGAAACUCAAGCAAAAUCCAUAAAUCCCAUGAGAAUAGCACGAAAAAAUGUUGACAUA